UGUGUGUGUGUGUGUGUAUGCGCGUGUGUGGUCGGAACUGAGAAGGCUUUACUGCUCUCCGGUGCUUUCACAGCGAACCUGUUACCAUUGCACCUGACAGUGUGAGGUCAUCUAUGUGUGUGUGUGUGUGUAUGUGAGUCUUUAAGCCUGUUGGUUUGAGUGUGUGUGUGUGACUAAGAGUGUGCGCAAAUAAGUAUAUGGGUUUGAGCUUUGUCUAUUCAUGUAUGAAUGGGGAAUGUGUAUUCAUUUGAGUGAAUGCUUUUGACAGAGUGUGUGUGAGAGAGCAUAAACACGUGCGUGAGUGUGUGUGUGUGUGUGAGAGCAUACACAUGCGUGUGAGUGUGUGUGAGAGAGCAUUGACAUGCGUGUGAGUGUGUGUAGCUCCGGCUCUCUGGUUGCUCGUGGGAGGAGUGUUGGGUGGGCUGCUCUGUGAAGAGGACCCCUUCCACGCUCGCACAAACAGAACGCCACCCUCCCACCUCCUCUGCUCUCUGCUGUCACAGACACACAUCUCCCAGCUCGGCGCUCCGGUCUGUCCUCCCGCGCGGGAUGUCCACGCCAGGCUCCAGAGACAGCGGGAUGUCCACGCCAGGCUCCAGAGACAGCAGCAAGAGGAACUCCUCGGAGCUGGACUCGGAUCAUGCUCAGAAGGUUCAGGAGAUGGAGCAUCAGCAUCAGCACCAGGUGAAGUUGAAGGACAGGCAGAAGUUCUUUGAAGAGGCGUACCAGCAGGAUGUGGAGCAGUACCUGUCUACUGGAUACCUGCAGAUCAAUGAGAGGAGAGGACCAAUAGGAAGCAUGUCGUCGAUGGAGGUGAACGUGGACAUGCUGGAGCAGAUGGACCUUAUGGACGUGUCGGACCAUGAGCCCCUGGAUGUUUUCAUCAACUCUGGAGGGGAAGACAACAGUGUUGCGUCUCCUAUGUUAGACCCUGAUGUGGAGUCCUUCACCACGGAGCUCACGCUGCAGGUGCCAACCCAGGCCGAGCUGCGUCACAAGCUCUCCUCCCUCUCCUCCACCUGCACAGACUCAGCCAGCCAGGAGGACGAAGAUGACGAGGAGGAGGAGGAGGAAGAGGAGGAGCCACAAGGAGCUGCAUGUUUGUCCAGUGCACGGGCAGCCCUGAGGGGGGCUCGAGGAAGAGGUGGGAACAGAAACGUUGCCGUGGCAUCCACAGGUUCGUCGUCAGCUAGUCAGAUGGUGAAGAACGGUGAGGGAAACGGCACGCAGGCUACAUAGAGUGGCCAGUGAUG